AUGCAUGGUGGCAAGGAGGUGGCAGGUGCGGUCACUUUUGGUGAAGUUGAAGCCGAUGUGCAUAUUGAGCAGGCCUCAGCUCAUGUCACUGGGGAUGAGUCAGACAAGCCCAAAAAGCGGCCAUGUCCCAUGCACUCUGUCAGUGUAUCUGGCGAUCCAGAAGCUGCAGCUGGAGGAAAGGGGAAGGGGGCAUCAUCAACCGACGGCAACGGACGGCACACAUCUCCCGAGCCUCGUCUUUCGGAACGCAUCAAGAUUUACUUUUGUUAUCUCUGCGGACUGUACAUGUUUUCCCUGUCGCCAAGAAUCGCUCUCAAUGGUAUUCCUGCCGCUCUGAAACGCCAAGUGCAUAUCGUGGCACCCAAUCUCUCGCUUGAACAUCGUCCCGUACCGUCCCCUACUGUACAUCCCUUGGCAGCUUACAGUAUUCCCGUUGCCAUGUCGGUUAAUGAUUCGUCUACCAAACCAGAUUUUGGAGUGUGUGCAACAAUCAAGGAACCUCUCGAGGUCACUGCCUUUGUACAUUACUAA